CCGACCGCAGAAAGGAAAACACUGUGUGUACCAAGAGAGAGAGACGACAAGCAACAAGAAACACAAGUUCACAUCUUUCUCUCUCUCUUUAAAGUCUUUCAUUACAUUAUCUCUUCUCCUUUUCUGUUAACCUCUCAUUUAAUAAACAGAGCAAAUAAACAGAGUCCUUCAUCUUCUUCUUCUUCUUCUGGGGAGAGAGAGAGACCGGUAGAGAGCUCCAACAAUGGCGAAAUUGGUUUUAUCCGAAUGUGGCGUAAGACCUCUCCCCAGAAUCUACACCACACCCAGAUCCACUUUCCUUUCCAACACCACCUUCAAACUCAAACAAUCCUCUUCUUCCACUUCUCUAGGGUUUGGUCUGAAGUCUAGAAACUGGGCGUUAAAUGUGACCACACCUUUAACAGUUGACUCGUCUCCUCCUCCAAUAGAGGAAGAAGAACACGAGACGCAGAGAUUCGAUCCAGGCGCUCCUCCUCCGUUCAACUUAGCUGAUAUUAGAGCAGCUAUACCUAAGCAUUGUUGGGUUAAGAAUCCAUGGAAGUCGAUGAGUUAUGUUGUGAGAGACGUUGCUAUUGUAUUUGCAUUGGCUGCUGGAGCUGCUUACCUCAACAGUUGGCUUGUUUGGCCUCUUUAUUGGCUUGCUCAAGGAACCAUGUUUUGGGCUCUCUUUGUUCUUGGCCAUGACUGUGGACAUGGGAGCUUCUCUAAUGAUCAGAGGUUGAACAGUGUGGUUGGUCACCUUCUUCAUUCCUCAAUUCUAGUCCCUUACCAUGGCUGGAGAAUUAGUCACAGAACUCAUCACCAGAACCAUGGACAUGUUGAGAACGACGAAUCUUGGCAUCCUAUGUCUGAGAAAAUCUUCAAGACUUUGGACAAACCAACUCGGUUCUUUAGAUUUACACUACCUCUCGUGAUGCUCGCGUACCCUUUCUACUUGUGGGCUCGAAGUCCGGGGAAAAAGGGUUCUCAUUACCAUCCGGACAGCGACUUGUUCCUCCCUAAAGAGAAGAAGGAUGUUCUUACAUCUACUGCUUGUUGGACUGCAAUGGCUGCUCUGCUUAUCUGUCUUAACUUCGUGAUGGGUCCAAUGCAAAUGCUCAAACUCUAUGGCAUUCCUUACUGGAUAAAUGUAAUGUGGUUGGACUUUGUGACUUAUUUACAUCACCAUGGUCAUGAAGAUAAGCUCCCUUGGUACCGUGGGAAGGAGUGGAGUUACUUGAGAGGAGGGCUUACAACAUUGGAUCGUGACUACGGAGUGAUCAAUAACAUCCACCACGACAUUGGAACUCAUGUGAUACAUCAUCUUUUCCCACAGAUCCCACAUUAUCAUCUAGUAGAAGCGACAGAAGCAGCCAAACCAGUAUUAGGGAAGUAUUACAGGGAGCCUGAUAAGUCUGGACCUUUGCCAUUACAUUUACUGGGAAUCUUAGCAAAAAGUAUGAAAGAAGAUCAUUAUGUGAGCGACGAAGGAGAUGUUGUAUACUAUAAAGCAGAUCCCAAUCUAUAUGGGGAGAUCAAGGUAACAGCAAGUUAAAAUGAAGCAGUCAGAGGGAGAGAUAAGCCGUGAAACUCAGCUAUUUCUGAGUAGUUGAUUUUUUUGCUUAUUAAAUGUCAAUCUAUUGUGUUACUACACCAUAGAGUUAGUAUUAUCUCUGAAUACAAUCAGAUGGAAACAACAACUUUGUUUUCAGUACUGAAUCUAUAGCAUUGUCUUAGAUUCAUCCUUUUUAAGGGUUUUAAGAUUAAAUAUAGAGGGCAAAGUAAAGUUCAAUGCUUAAGAUUUUCUUGACUACAUACACAAAUCCCAUGACACAAUUGAAGGAACAAACUAGUUUUACUUAUAUGAAUAAUAGUACUCAAACAGUUGCUACACUCUCUCAACUUCUUGGAAUCCCUUUCUGGUGAGCUAAAGAGAGUUUUUCGUAUGCUUUGAAAUUAAAAGGUUAAAUAAACAACAACAAAAAAAAGAGAAGAAAAAAAAGUUGAUUAAUAUUAAGACAUGAGAACCAGAGUCUGUGGGAGAUGAUCAUCAUCAUCACUGUCUUCCUUUCUUUGCACAGCAAGGAGGGCAUUUAUACUGCUUGAUACUCUCUGCUUUGGCAGGAGUUAUCUUCACGCAUUUUCCGUGGUACCAACGUUCACAAACAUCACAGCAAAUCCAAAACUCAUCUUGUGUAUAAUUGCCUCCACAGAUACCACAGAGAGUGUCUCCAUGCUCGUCUUCUU